AGUUUAAAGAAUAUACUCUUUUUCCGCUCGGUAUCUUUUCCAGCUGUUAUCUUCAGUUCCUAAUAGAUCGUUGUGCGACGCAGAUGUUUACGCUGUCACGUCCGUUAUACAUAUUUCGCGUGUGAAUUGCAGCGAAUGCUAUAAAUAAAUCCACCGUUACCUACCGAAAGGAACGUAUAAUGGAGGCAAUAGAAGAUCCACCCCUGAGGCACCUUUUCGAUGGAAAUCACAUAUUUAAUGUUUACAAUGAAACUGUCAUUAACCUAUCGGUUGGUGCACCUGGUCCUGAUCUACUUCAAGAUUUGCCGGAUAUGAUACGAAUAGCAACGAACCAUAAACUGGAAGAAGAACGAAAAGAGGGAAUGUACUAUCUGUUUCAAUAUGGACCCAGUGCAGGUUUAUGGGAAUACCGCGAUGAAUUGGCAAAGUUUUUAACCAGACGUUACGGCGAUCCGGUGAAAAGAGAAAACUUGAUUUUAUCCUGCGGCGCCACGCACGGCCUUCAACUUUUGCUGAACACCGUUCUCUCGCCGAAUGGAGUGAUCUUCGUAGAAGAAGCCACUUAUAUGAUUGCUUUAGAUGUGUUCAAGCAAUUCCCAAUGGUUAAAAUAGUAACAGUGCCGAUGAAGAACGACAUAGUUGAUUUGGAUGCAUUUGAGAGGAUAGUCGCCGAGGAGAAGAGCAAGGGUGAAUUUCUUCUCACUGACGAAAAAAUAUUUUGGGCUAUGUUUUAUACGAUUCCUAUUUUCCACAACCCUACCGGAAGCACAAUGCCUCCAGAGAGCUGCAAGAAAUUGGUCGAAAUAGCGCGAAAUUAUUCUAUGCUGGUUACCUGCGACGACGUUUAUAAUUUACUUUAUUAUGGAGAUGGUAAUCCGCCUCGUCGAUUAUAUUAUUACGAUGAUCCAGAGGAUGCUGAAUACAAAGGUGGUAAUAUAAUAUCGAAUGGAUCAUUUUCGAAGAUUCUUUCGCCGGCGAUUCGCUGCGGUUGGAUGGAAUGUCCUCCACGAGUAACGAAAAUUCUCAGAUCGUCAGGGAUCUUACACAGCGGUGGUGCUGUUAAUAAUUACGUUUCUGGCGUUAUUGCGAGUUUACUGCAUCUAGGGACUGAGGAUGAGUAUCUCGACAAACUAAUUAAAAUUUACAGGGAACGAUUAACAACAUUAUGCGAUGUGUUAAAUCGCUAUUUACCAUCAUGCUGCUCAUUCCAAAGACCGGAAGGUGGUUACUUUGUAUGGCUUCAUCUUCCAUUAGGAGUGAAUGGUGCUGAUUUUAUCAAGUGGUGUCAAGAGAAAUAUGGAGUAUCAGCUAUUCCUGGGGUAAGAUUUUCGUACACGGGAAAAUGUCACAACCAUGUAAGACUGAGUAUAGGAUUUCACAAAAAAGAGAUUUUACAAACUGCUUCCCAGACACUUUGCACUGCUCUACUGCAUUAUAUUAGAAACAAUAGUUAAUGUAUAUUCUAUUAAUUGCAUAUAAGUUUAUGGUAACUAUUACUUUCAUCAUUAUAUCUAUUUUUAAACACUUAAAUACGUUUUAUUGUAAAUGGUUAAAAAUUGAAAAAAUUACUGUAGAAGAAAAGAUAAAGUAAACAAGAACAAGUAUGUGAAGAGAAUAAAAGUCUAUUUCUGUUCUAAAGCAGAUAAGCAUAAUAAUAAAUUAAGAAUAAAAAAGAUGUCUCAAAUACGAAAAGUAUUGUGAAAAUAUAAGUAUUUUAUAUAUUUUGUGUAUAUGUACAGUUGAAUAUUAUCUCACUUUAAAGUUUCAUUGCUGUUUAAAUAUAAUAACUACGAUGAAUCACCUAA